UCCUGUAGUGACAGUUUCCUAUUUGUGCAUGAAGUGUUGACAUUGUGUACGAAUGUCCCGAACAUUGCGACAUCGGUAUUGAUUUGUCAGAUGAGCAUGUUUUUUAUGGCGCAUUCUCCGUCGACUGUAUCGAGGGAAGUCGUGUGAGCUGUGAGAAUCGAGAGCGUUCUGGAAGUCGAAUCGCUUCGCUUUAACAUUCGUCAACAAAAAUGUUGGUUUCGAGGAGGAACAGAGCAGCUCUAUAAGCUUGGAGUUGACGUGCUUGCCAGGGGUGGAGGGCAUGGCCUGGUCAGGCAGAGUAUUCCUCCAAACAACUUGCUUCCGUGUUUGAAAGCGAUCGGGUUCGGCGAGACUGACGAUGGCAGCGUCCAAGACCGACGUCAGAACUGGACCGACGGUCAACAAGAACGAGGACAUAACACACCUCAUUGACCUCUUUUCCAAGAAUCAAUACAGAGCAAAAGAUGUCACCCCCCAGAUGGAUUCAGUGGAAAAGCGCUGUUUGGAUUUGUUUGCCAGGGACUACAAGUACAGCAUCAUCCACAACGUCAAUGGAGAAGUCUGCGGCCACUACCCUCGACAGAUUGUUUUUCUGGAGUACGAGUCCACAGAUGUAGAGAGAGAUGGGUUUGAAAGCUCAGUGGAGAUUGGCAAACUGCAGGACCUGGUGAACAAGAGUAAGCUGGCACGCUGCCGUGGUAGAUUUGUCUGUCCUGUCAUCCUCUACAAGGGAAAGCACAUUUGCCGGUCUUCUACACUGGCUGGCUGGGGGGAACUGUAUGGACGGACUGGCUAUAACUACAUCUUCUCAGGGAAAAAUGAACAGACCUGGGCACCGUCUCAGGAGGUCCCUCAGGAUGGCAUCCCAGUGAGGAAUGGCGACUCACAGCUGUUUGACAAAGUCCGAGGCCAUGAUAUUCAACUUCUUCGUUACCUGUCAGUCAGCCACAUCUGUGACCUCAUGGUGGAGAACAAAAAGGUUAAAUUCGGCCUGAAUGUCACCUCCUCUGAAAAGGCAGAUAAAGCCCAACGCUAUGCAGACUUCACCUUGCUCUCUGUGCCAUACCCAGGUUGUGAGUUUUUCAGGGGCUACAAAGACCAGGACUACGCAGCUGAGGGACUAGUGUUCAACUGGAAUCAGGAUUAUGUGGAUGCACCUCUGACCAUCCCAGACUGCCUGAGCCAAAGCCUGAACAUUGACUGGACUCAGUAUCAGGCAUGGGACCUGGUAGAGCAGACCCAAAACUACCUGAGGCUACUAUUGCAUAUCAUUAACUUUGAUGAUGAAAAUGGGCUCUUGGUCCAUUGUAUAUCAGGCUGGGAUCGAACCCCUCUCUUUGUGUCCCUCAUCAGACUUUCCCUCUGGGCGGAUGGGACAGUACAUGCCACCCUUGAUCCUUCAGAGAUCCUGUAUCUAACCAUUGCAUAUGACUGGUUCCUUUUUGGUCACAUGCUUCCAGAUCGUCUUUCUAAGGGAGAAGAGAUUUUCUUCUUUUGCUUCAAUUUUCUGAAGCACAUAGUCUCUGAAAACUUCUCUGCAAUUCGAAGACAGAGAAGGAAGAACUCUCAUUUAAAAGACUGUGAUUUCACGAUGGAGGACCUCUGUCAGUUAAAUCUGAAGGAUUAUGGCAGUGUGAGCAGCCUGAGCAGCGACUUCUCUCUCAGCACUGAAGAUGGAGUGGCCCCGGGCUUCACGGGUGACAUCGGUGACCGAUCCACCAAUCAGAAUCAGGUUAUCAAUUGGCGUAAGGACACUACCUCCUCCCCCCAGAUGGUUGUUUGGAACAAACUGAGCAACUUGGAUGAGCAGUCGUCUGUGAUGUUCAGCGAGGCCAAGUCUUCCAGCUCCUCCUCCUCCAACCAAUCUGAACACGUGCUCACACACACCGGCAGCAGCCCCUUAGCAGUUCCUGGGAGACGAGUGACCUCUGACUCCGGUCGGCCUGGCUCCUCCGUCUCAACAGAGUAUGGAAGCUGGCAGAUCGUCUCUGGCUGUGGCAGCAUCCAUGAUGCCACUCACCUCCCGCCUUCUUUGGCCUCUUCAGCCUCUUGUGCAGUUGCCACUGAGUCACCAGUGUCCGACAACUUUCCGGAUGACAGACCGAGCAGACAAAUGUUUCCCUUCACCACUCGACGUCAGGCCCGUCUGGAAGCUGUGCGGGAAAUCUUCCUGGCAGCCUACAGCUCCACUGUGGGUCUCAAGUCUGCCAUCCCCGGCCCAGCGGGCGCCAUCACUGGCCUGCUGGAGCACUUUGCUAGAGGGGUCGGUCUGCGAGGCACCAACUCUAUUGUCUGAUCCCCUGCUUGGUGGCACGCUCUGUGUGAGUCUCUCAGGGGGCAAAGAGGUGCAUCGGAUAAAUCCAGGAGUCCCAAAUCCAGACGCAUUUCUACGUGUUUCCUGGUGGGAAAGAUGGAAAUGAUCCAGGUUUACAUGUGUCCCUCAAACUGAGAAGCUCAAGUGUGUCGACAUGUUUUGAUUUUGUUUGGAUGGAAUGUUUGCACACUUUCUCUGAAUCCUCCAUUUUCACUGUCUAUGCAAUUUACUCCCGGACACUUUUGACAUCAUUUUUCUUUUUCUUUUUCUUUUUUUUUUUUUUAAAGUCUCAACCUUUUUAAACAGAUUCGAUGCAUCCUUCAGCUCAUGCGAGCUGGAAAUGUUUUUGUAAUUCAUUUUUAAAUGUCAGUCUGCCGAGGUUUUAAUUCAUCACACCGUUUGUGAUCGCGUCUGUUGAGCUGGGACUUUGUGAAGUUCUUCAAAUCACAUGGUUUGGUGGUGAAAUUGUGAAUAACAUUGUGAUGACCUAAA